GCUCGGAUCAAACAUUCGAAGCCAUGACAUAGAACAAGCCCAAGUGACAGCAAAAACCCCCAAAACCAAAAGCAGGCGGGAGGGAAAUGAAAAUGCACUUCAAAUAAUCACUUCCUCUGAAAAAUCUUCAUCUUCAUCUCAUCUUCCCCCUUUUUUUCCCAUUUCAAUUUUUCACCUUGUUCAUCUUCCCUCCUCUUUUUCUCUCUCCUCCCCACUUUUCAUUCUUACCCAGAUUCGCCCUAAAUCCCUCGUUUGGGGCGGAUUCUUCCCUAAUUUCACCCUUCUCUUCUCCAUUUUUCUCCCAACCCUAAUUUUUCGCCUAAUUUAAUCAUUUAAUCAGUUUGAAUGAUUGUGAAUUGCAGUGAAGGAGUAGGGCUGGCUGUGAUUCUGGAUUCAUAGCAUGGCCAAAGUUGCCAAAGUUGCUGCUGCCCCGGGUUCUUUGCCUUCCGAUUCGGCACGGUUUUGUGGGGGUCCCAUGAAUGCUGGUCCUGCUCUUAAGAGAAAGACGCCGUCCGAAUUAAGAGGUGAGCAAUUAAAGAGAAGAAUAGCAGUGGAGCUUGUCCAUGAAUCUGCUGCACCUUCAGAAAAUGCAGAUGUCGUGGACUCUGGUUCUAACAAGUCACAAGGCCCAAAAAAUACAAAAUACAUUGACAAGCGUCUUGAUGAAGUAUAUCCUGCUAGAAAACCAAACAGCAGGCUCAGCUUGCUUUCUGGAAAAUCAAAUUUUAAGGAAAAUCAAGUUGUUCAGGAAAAAAGUGGGUUUAAGAGUUCUUUUUCUUCACGUUUGACACCCAAGAAUCAGCAAGAGCUUAAUGGCAGCUCUAAAGUAUCAGUUGCCAAGGCCACUGGCUGUGUUUUACGACAGUGUGAAACUGGUGAAAAAGGCACUCAAAAUAAGUUUCGUAGCGUAGCUGAGCUCUCACUUGGUAGUGACAGAUUUACAGAGCAGGGCACAGUUGAUGUGGAUAAAGCACUGAAAGGACUCGCUGCUCAUGAGAGUUCUGGCUCUUGUUCUCCAUCAAGUUCAGCUGGAAAGUCUGGGGAUGUAAAGUCUACAUCUAUGGGAAAUUAUUGUUCAGAAAUACAAAUUCCUGGAGUAAAAGUUCCUCUUGAUUUUACCCUGAAAACCAUCAUGCGUAUAGUAUCCUCUUCACCUGUGGACAGGUUUCACAGGUUAUUUAUGGGUGGCACUUACAAUGGAAUAUCCUCUUUCUCUUUAUCUGGCAACUCUGCCAAUGAAAGUAUUGAGUCUGCUUUAAACACUCCAGCAUCUGGGGAUUCUUAUAAUUUUCAAUCAUGGAUAUACCCCCAGUCCUCAUUGCCAGCUUCUGUAAUAUCAGUAUUGAGCUCAUCUUCAGGAGCUGAAAUGGACUUUUUGGAGAAACGCCAAUUAGCUUGGGAGGAUUCCUUUAGAAGUCUUUACUACAUGCUACGGAAGAGUGGGUGCAAUGUAUUUUAUGUUUGUACAUCACAGUUUGUGGUGAUCUUCAGUGCUGUUGAAGGCACAGGGAAGGUCAAACGCACAUGCAAUGCAUUUAUUUCCAAAUCAACAAGAGGUUUAAGGUCUUUAUUGAAGGAGCAUGAUAUCAGUUUCACUAUGCCUUUGUGUUGUUCUGAAGUGGAGCAGAUAAGUAGAGAAGACUUGGUGGAGCUCUCUGAAAUUGAGAAGCAUAAUUUAGGACAGGCUAAACGUUUUGGUUCUAUGCCUGACGUGGACAACAGCCCAAAAUCUUUGUUAGCAUUCAACGGAAAUGAAAGUGUUCAUGGCCUAUAUGAUUUUCUAUUAAAUUAUAGGUCUUUGUUGACAACUUUGAGCAAUAUGGAUGUACCUGUGCUGUGUUCUCCUAUUCCUUUUCUUAAUGCUGCUCUAUCUUCCCCACAGAUCAGGUGCAAGGAGAUUAGGAGAGUUGAUACUUUGCAGUCAAAAGGAUCAUUGGCAAAAGAUGGGGAAUCAUUUGCUUUAAAGACUGGUAUCUGCUACAGCAUUGAAGUAAAGGAUGCAUAUCUUCCUCCUUGGAUAGUUUCUUCCCUAUGUGCUGUGAUGGGUUCUGAGGGGAGAAGUUUUGAGGCAUGCUUUGUGACAGACCCUAACACAAUGGGAUUGAAUGCUGCUCUUGAAGCCGUCAGCCAAAAAUCCAACAGUAACACUGAUGAGACAACUGGAGAUUCACAAGAUACUGCCUAUGCAUUUGGUAUUUCAGCAGCUGUGGUAAAUUCUGGCUUACAUUCCACAUGUUUGAAGGCGUUGAAAUAUUCAAAUGGGUCUUAUGUAGCUGCCCUUUCCCCUGUUUGAACUCUAAUCAAACUUUUGCUGUCUAAUGGGAGGAAGUGACUAGUGUGGCCAACGCUCCAUUCAACCCCUCUUGUUUUGUUUAUACUUUCCCUAAGAUGUGCUCAUCCUCGGUGUAUAAUGGUUUCUGUACCAUGCAUAUUCUGACAUAGGAAGGGGUAAAAUUCGUGUUAGUUUGAAUAAUUACAAAUGAAUAUUGUAGUCAUUUUGGAAGAACUUAUAUUCCUCCUCCGUUAACGGUUAAUUACAACAAAGAGGGUGUGCACGGAA